AUGAAACCUUACAGGACCUGGGAAUCUUCGGAGGCCUACUGCCAAUCACGGAGCGGUCAUCUCGUGUCUAUUCACAACAAAAAAGACAUAGCUGCCAUUAAAGGUACUUGGGAUACAGCAAAUUGCAAUAAGAAAAAAUGCUUCGUCUGCGAAACGAGUGAGACAAUGAGCGACUGUGCUGACUGGUACAAAGCCGGCUAUAGAGACGAUGGUGAGUACAGCAUCAUGCUCAACGGCAAGCCUUACCGAGUCUACUGCGACAUGCAUACGGCUGGAGGUGGAUGGGUCGUGUUUCAGAGGAGAGUAAAUGGUAGUGAUUCGUUCUGGGAUCAUAGCUGGACCGAGUACAAGAAUGGGUUUGGAAAGAUAGGGAAGAACACCACCUUCUGGCUGGGAAACGAGGCUCUUCAUCAGCUGACUUACAAGGAUCCCAAUGUGACUCUGAGAGUGGAGAUGCGAGGUGAUAGGACGCCGAACACAAAAAAUCCGAAAGGGUAUUGGUGGAAUCACUACUACAAUUUCAAGAUUGGACCUGAAGAAACCGACUACAUGCUGGAAAAACUUUUUAUCGAAAAGCGCAACAUCCAGGGUAACGCGUCUACUGGAUGGUACGACCUGAUGCAUUCGGUUGGGGCCAAAUUCUCAACCGUCGACAAGAUCAAUGACCCGAGAAAAGACUGCGUCACGGAGCUUAAAAUGGGAGGUUGGUGGUUACGUCAAUGCGCGAUGGCGACGUUGAAUGGAGCUUACGACAUGUCAAGCCCCAACCCCUCUGCUAAAUUAUACGGUAGGUAUUAUUGCUGA